UGGUAUGGGAUUGGUGGAGCGCUUGUUCAAGUGCCCCUCGUCUCAAGUUGAUCGCAAUCGGUUCUUUUUGCGAUUGGCAUACCAGAAGCUGCGCACUUCUAUACGAAUGUGGCGCCGCCGUAGCCUUGAAACGUCACAGCACCGAGUACUCGUACCGUCAACAACAAAAUCUAACCGCGUAUCGACUGUUUCUGCGAGUGAAGUACUCGGACCCUGUACAUACGAGUACGCGGAAUUAUUUUUCCUCUCAAGGAUGCACAUACAGUACGCAACGCUGGCGCCACCACGGCCCUGACGCAAAUUGGCCGCCUUUUGUCUUUUUGUGGCUCGCAACAGCUGUCAAAGCGUCCCCUUUUUGCUCCAACGAUGGAGUUAAGCCAAGGGGUGUGCCCCGGGGAAAGGAUUUGCUCGACAAAGGUCCCAGCCAUGUGGGACAGUGGCCAACACCAUUGAACGGCUUGAGGUGACUUGGCUCGGUAUCGCACCGGGUUAGUGUGCUGUGGUCGGCAGCUGUUGCGAGUCUUCGAUACUCUCAAGUACUCGUCAACCCCUAGUGAUCUUGACCAUUUGUUACCUAGUACGAUGGAGACUCGUUCUCCCAUGUGCUCAAACAACCCAUGCCGGCCAAGACAUGUGAAGACGAAGCCCAUCGAUUCGGUCAUCUCCUCUAAACAUUGGCGGUGCCGAUUUUCGCCUUAUUCAUUCAAUCGUAUCUACUGCCACGACGGUACAAGCACACACCGUUUCAUCCUUGUCAUUUCCACCCACUAGCUCGACUGGACCGGGUUCUCAAGCCCAUGCCACUGGGGCUCCUCGAAAGAAAAGAGAUGCGCGAGACUUACCGUGAGCGAGCCAUGGUCCCGCACUGUUUUGACGCCGCGGGUACUCGUACUUGUAUUCGUGAAGGAUCGGAUUUGCGCCGCCCCGCCUCCCCUGGUUGCGGCGCGGCACAGUGCCCGACGCUCCUCUCGAGGGAUCAUUUGUGCCAUUCUGGGCUUCACCUGUUUCUUUGCAGCGCAAUAUUGCGUUCUCGCAACGACGAACUCUUGGCUCGUUGGGGAGCUACUGAGUAUGGCUCCAGUAGGCUGUGCUUUUUCAUCGCUGCCUCUCCUAUGUUACGCCAUUGCCGUGUAUCUGUUUUACAGUAGAAAGGGCCAUGGCAUCCCUUCUUUUAACACGGACAACACAGGCUUCUUUUGAUUUUUGACGUUGUGACAACAUGCGGGAAGUCUCCUUCCUGACAUGAAGCCACGGUUCUUUCGAGCGUUAUGCAUCGCGGUCGUUGGAUUGGCUAGCGCCGUUGUUGUUUUCCUUUCCAUCUCCUAUAUCCUCAGCCCUCUUUUACUAUGGCUCUCUCCCUCGCUGAACCCGACGCUGUAUGACUGGGGAGCCUACGGUGCUUGCCCAUUACAGUCGUUUGUAACGACCGACCUCGUUGCGCCCCGUGUCAAUACAAGGCGAACUCAUCCAGAUUGCGGGCGUGGGUUGGUGUUGUUGACCAUCAACGGGGAUUCUGCUGGACCGAAAGGACCGGCCAUUCUCGAUGCGCGCAACGAAUUGGUUUGGAAGUCGCAGGGCUAUGGGAGCGCCACGAAUCUACAGGUCCAGCAUUACAAAGGGCAGAAUUAUCUGACAUUCUGGGCUGGUAGGAAAGUGGGCACCAAAGGAACGGGCAUGUAUUACAUGCUGGAUUCUACUUACAAUGAAGCACAUCGAGUCAUGGCCGUCGGUGACGGCAUGGAGGGCGACCUCCAUGAAUUCAAAAUCACGAAAGACGACACUGCUUUGCUGACAGUAUAUGCGACCACCAAGGCCGAUUUGUCGUCCUGGGGGAGAUUUUCCGAUGGAUGGCUUUUGGACAGCCUCUUCCAAGAAGUCGACAUCGCAACGGGAGAGCUGUUGUUUGAAUGGAGAGCUUCCGAGCAUUUUAAUUUCAGCGAUACCUACAUGACGAACCCAUUUGGCGGUUAUAUCAAAAGUUUGCCUUUCGACUUCUUCCACAUCAACAGUGUCGACAAGGACUCUCAGGGAAAUUACCUGAUCUCUUCUCGCCACACACAUACCAUUACCUGCAUCAACCCCAAGGGAAAUAUCCUAUGGGUACUGGGUGGUCGCCGCAACCAAUUCACUGAUUUGUCCGGAGGAGCCGCGCUAGACUUCAAAUGGCAGCAUGAUGCGAGAUGGGUAUCCGAAGAGGACGGGAUCAUCAGCCUUUUCGACAACAAGGAGGCAGGUCCUCUGCAUGCCGAUGGUCCCCAUAGUCGCGGCAUGAUGCUUCAACUCGACAUCUCUAACCACACCGUCGAGCUGUUGCACACGUACGAGUCACUUGGACACACACGAGCCCCGUCGCAAGGCUCAAUGCAGGUGCUCCAGGACACUGAUCAUGUCUUUGUCGGAUUUGGCCAUUCUCCCAUCUACAGUGAAUUCUCCGUCAAUGGCAGUUUGCUAUGCGAACACCAUUUUGGAUCACCCAUCUUUCACCCGUGGAAUCGCGCGGUGUCAUACCGGGCUUCGAAGAGGUAUGAUUGGGUUGGUCGGCCGACGUACCCUCCUUCAGCAGAGAUCGAGGAUGAUACGCUCUAUGUAAGCUGGAACGGGGCUACAGAAGUGUCGGCUUGGUUGUUGCAAGGUGCCAAGAGUGCCGAGGACGAAGAUGCAUUCAACGACCUGGAUGUCCUGGAGAAGGACACCUUUGAAGAGACUUUCGAGCUGGGAGACUUGUACGAAUACUCUUACUUUCGAGUGGUCGCGUUGACCCAGGACGGUCAGGUCCUUGGCCAGUCUGCGGUAUUGGUCUACGAGCCUGACUGGGACUGGUGGAUGUUUGGAGUGGCCAUUGUAGCGUGGCUGGUCAUCGUCAGAGUUGGCUGGCACUGCUAUAAAUGGCUUGCUAGGCGGAGGACAACCAGCCAAGUAGCCUGGAUCAGCCUUGAGAGACAAUGA